AUGCCUGUCCGGAGGGGUCAUGUUGCGCCACAAAACACAUUUUUGGGAGUAAUAAUUCGGAAAUUCGAGGGACAAAAUAAGAAAUUCAUCAUAGCCAAUGCCCGGGUGCAGAACUGCGCUAUCAUCUACUGUAAUGACGGCUUCUGUGAGAUGACGGGCUUCUCCCGGCCGGACGUCAUGCAGAAGCCGUGCACUUGUGACUUCCUGCAUGGCCAGUUCACCAGUCGGCACGCAGUGGCCCAGGUGGCCCAGGCGCUGCUGGGCUCAGAGGAGCGCAAGGUGGAGAUUACCUACCACCGCAAGGAUGGUUCAAACUUCCUGUGCGCCACCCAUAUCAUCCCUGUGAAGAACGAGGAGGGCGUGGUGAUGAUGUUCAUCCUUAACUUUGAUUACAUCCUGGACGAAGGCAGCAGUGACUCACUGGAGAAACUCAACCACACCUCACCAUCCAAAGCUCACCAAUGGAAAGGAAGAUUCUUUCGCUUCCGUUUCCCGGCCUUACCUCUCCUGGGCAUCAGCAAGCAGUCUCUGCCCCAGGAAGACCCCGAUGCCGUCAUGGUCGACUCCCCUCGCCACAGCGACGGCUCCGUGGCCACCCGCGACUACCAACUCCCCACCACCCGCGAGAGCUGCAGCCCGUCCUACGCCAACGACACCCGUGCCCUCAUCGGCCCCAGCCACUGCUCCACCCCCGUGUCCGGGCCUUUGGACCACUCGUCGCCCAAAGGCCCCUGGGACCGGAUAUACCCUGACCAGGCCGUCGCCCAGACCGAACACCAGAGCCAGGAAGACACACUCAUCGCUGCUCCGUCAAUCCCGGGCCUCACUCCAACCGCCUCCAGAGAGACCGUGUGCAGUAUUCGCAGAGCCUCCUCCGUACAUGACAUCGAAGGAUUUGGGUCCAACUCCAAGACGGCGUUCAGGGACCGGCACGCCAGUGAAGACAAUGGCCGCAAUAUCAAAGUGUCUCGCUCCUGGAUGGCUGGGGGGCCACUCAGCCAGAUCAAAUCCAGCCUGCUCGGCUCCACCUCCGACUCCAACCUCAAUAGAUACAGCACCAUCAAUAAGAUCCCCCUCAUCACUCUCAACUUCUCCGAGGCCAACAACGAGAAGAAGUGCCCAUCCCCUCCAUCCUCUGAGAAAACCAUCAUUGCCCCAAAGGUCAAAGACCGCACACAUAAUGUGACUGAUAAAGUCACACAGGUUCUUUCACUGGGCGCAGACGUGCUGCCCGAGUACAAACUCCAAACGCCACGCAUCGACAAGUGCACCAUCCUUCACUACAGCCCCUUCAAAGCAGUGUGGGACUGGCUGAUCCUGCUGCUGGUCAUCUACACGGCCAUUUUCACACCCUACUCCGCUGCCUUCCUCCUCAACGACAUCGAGGAGCAGAGGAGGCGGGAGUGCGGCUAUUCCUGCUCACCGCUCAACGUGGUGGAUCUGAUGGUGGACAUCAUGUUCAUUGUGGACAUCCUUAUCAACUUCAGGACCACGUACGUCAACGCCAAUGAGGAAGUGGUCAGCCACCCGGCCAAGAUUGCCAUCCACUACUUUAAAGGGUGGUUCCUCAUAGACAUGGUGGCCGCCAUCCCAUUUGACCUGCUCAUCUUUGGCUCAGGAUCAGAUGAGACCACCACUCUGAUUGGUCUGCUGAAGACGGCCCGUCUGCUACGGCUGGUGCGUGUGGCCCGUAAACUGGACCGCUACUCAGAGUACGGCGCCGCCGUCCUCAUGCUGCUCAUGUGCAUCUUUGCCCUCAUCGCACACUGGUUGGCCUGCAUCUGGUACGCCAUCGGCAACGUGGAGAAGCCUUACCUGGAGCAUAAGAUCGGCUGGCUGGACAACUUGGGCGUGUCGAUAGGUAAAAAAUACAACUACAGCGACCCGAGCUCUGGCCCCUCCAUCAAAGAUAAGUAUGUCACAGCGCUCUACUUCACCUUCAGCAGUCUGACCAGCGUGGGCUUUGGGAACGUCUCCCCCAACACCAACUCCGAGAAGAUCUUUUCCAUCUGCGUCAUGCUUAUUGGAUCUCUAAUGUACGCCAGCAUCUUUGGGAACGUGUCCGCCAUCAUCCAGAGGUUGUAUUCAGGUACAGCCAGGUAUCACCUCCAGAUGUUGCGGGUCAAAGAAUUCAUCCGCUUCCACCAGAUCCCAAACCCGCUGAGGCAGCGGCUGGAGGAGUACUUCCAACAUGCCUGGACGUACACCAACGGCAUCGACAUGAAUAUGGUCCUGAAGGGUUUCCCAGAGUGCCUGCAGGCAGAUAUCUGCCUCCACCUCAACAAGAACCUCCUGCAGGGCUGUAAGGCGUUUCACGGAGCCACCAAGGGCUGCCUGCGGGCCCUGGCGAUGAGGUUCAAGACCACACACGCACCCCCCGGAGACACCCUUGUCCACAGUGGAGACGUGCUCACUGCGCUCUACUUUGUCUCACGCGGCUCCAUCGAAAUCCUUAAAGAUGACGUAGUGGUAGCCAUCCUGGGGAAGAACGACAUCUUUGGCGAGAUGAUCCACCUGUUCGCCAAGCCGGGGAAAUCCUGCGCAGACGUGCGGGCGCUGAGUUACUGCGACCUCCACACCAUCCAGAGGGAGGAGAUUCUGGAGGUGCUGGACAUGUAUCCGGAGUUCGCCGACCAUUUCCUCACCAACCUGGAGCUGACCUUUGACCUCCGUGAUGAAAACCCCAAGACGACCAACCCACAAGCCAGUGAUUCUAACAUAGAUGACGUCACGUAUGGAAGACGGGUGUCUUACAGAAGAAAAUCCUCCACAGGCUCCCACAACAAGGAGCCGGUGGCCACAUACUGCAACACCCAGCAGAGGAGGCAGAUCUACGCCUCCACAGCAGCCGAGGGGAGGAGAGAUUCCGCCGACGAGGGAGAGGAGGAAGAGGAGGAGGAGGAGGAGGGCAGGGAGGAGGAAGAGGAGCAGAGGCCGUUGUGUUCCGGUGUGCUGGGCUACCCGGUGGUUAGGGACCACGCCCUGGGCCUCGGGCUGAGCAGUGCUCCUGACGCACAGGCUGGAGACAACACACAAAGCCACACAUAUAAAGAGCUCCAUGCGGAUGAAUGGGUGCGUCAGCGUCCCAGCGAGGGUGUGGAGGAGUCAGCUCCGUGUCGAGAGGCGCCAGCUGGGGAGGACGACAGCGACACAGAACUCACCUACGGAGAGGUGGAGCAACGGCUGGACCUGCUGCAGCAGCACCUCAACAGACUGGAGUCCCAGAUGACAGCAGAUAUACAGGCCAUCCUGCAGCUCCUCCAGAGGCAAACUGCCGCCGGCCCCCCCGCCUACAGCACUGUCAGCUCCAGUCCAGAGUACCAGAGGCCAGCCAUCAGGGUGCAGCCACUGUCUGCCAUCCAGACAGAUCUCAGCCUUGCUCCUGCACCACCUCGGCCUCAGAGCCCUGAUCCAGAAAAGACCCCAAACAAAUCCAAAGACACCUCCCCAGUCCUCCUCCACACAGAGACUCUUCCAGAUGGGAACUUUGCUGAACUGCUCGAGAGCGAAACGGACACAGAGCAGAAACACAACGCAGACUCUGUAGAGCAGCAGCAGCAGCACCAACCAGAGCCACCGAGGUUCCCAUCAGGCCGACAAGCCUCGCUACCUGAAGUCCCCAGCAGCUCAGGAAUGUUGGGACUCCACAGGCCAGUUUCUGACCCGGGGCUUCCAGGACAGUAG